UCAACACGGCGGAGUGAAUGAUCGAAAAUACAAUAAAAAGAGUCACAUUUUAUUUAAGAAUCUAGAAUGUGUACGUAACGAUUCUAUAUAGUUUUUAUUCAUUCACUCUUUAUUCCCAUAGUGUCAAAAACUACAGUAGUGACCGUUCGAGAGUAUAUUUUAUCGAUUGAAUUAACCUUCCUGAAGAUCUUUGUAGUUGCUGAUCAUACAGCUUUUCGACAAUCUUGGAGGGUGACGUGAGCUUUUUUCUUUUUCACUCAUACUGCUUUCAUAAGUUAUUGAACCUGUUUAAGAGACCCGACAACGCUCAUUCGUUCGUGUUGUUCUCUGAUUGUUGACUAAAAUGUUAAAAAACAAAAAAGUUCUACAUAGAAUUUCAGUCAUUCCAAUCGUCAAGUUUCAUCAUUGAUCUCAUCUUUUUAGAAGUAGAAUUUGAUUCUAUCCGAUAUAAUCCUAACGAUGACGACAGGAUCAAGUUCUGGAUACUAUGGCAUUCUUCGUGCUCGAAGACGUGACUUUUCGCAAAAGCUUAAUAGUAAAUCUUCUCGAGAAAUGAUUUACGAAAACGAAGAACUGAGACUAAAGACAAUGUAUAUCAAUGCAGAAGUCGAACAAGGUCAGAAUGAUAUCAAAAAACUCCGAAGAGAAAACAGACAACUUAAACGUGAAAUAUGGUUUCUGAGAGAAGAAUAUAAGAAGUUAGAGGAUAUACUUGAAUCCGAGCGAAUUCAAAAAACCGAGGUUUUUGGUGAGAAACUAUCGUCUCCAACCUGUUUCCCUAAUUAUUCAGUAGAUUCAGACAAACGACUAGAGCAGCUACUGGAACUUCCAUAUGUGAGCCAGCGGCAAAUCGAGAAUGGAAAAGAUCAGAGCCAUGACUUGUUCUAUGGAAACACUCUCAAUACAUAUCUUCAUGACUGUUCAUCGUCUAGACUUAUGAUACCAAAGCCAUUGUUUAAUGAAUCUGGAAUUGCCGAUGAGGACUAUGAAGACUUUUCGAUGAAAACUUCUGAAGCAGGGAGUAAAUUGGGAGAUUUAACUGAUGACCUAGAAGAGUAUGGAGAAGGUUCAUACAUGGAAUCUUUUAUAUCAGAACCUAAGCGUAAUCACUACGAGAAUAUUACAUAUCCUCUGGGCUAUAAAAGACAACGUGUAUAAUAAAAAAAUGAUCAUACAGUUGCUGAAGCAACUGUGCCUUCCCUGCGGGGGGAAUUUUAAUUUCUUCUUU